GCCGACCGACCCUCUAACUCCGAGCUCUUUGUGACCCAACGUUCAGCAUCCUUCUGCUCCAACCUAAGGCCUCAGCCAUUCCUAUAUCACUCGCCCUCACAGCUUCUCGCCUUUCCGCAUAAUCGCGAGCUCCCUGCCCCUCCCCACCCACCAAUCAUCCCACCUGGCUGUCUCUCAGUCUCACCGCAGCUUCCGUCGACCAGGAUACAUGCAGAGAGGUCGCGUCCUCACCCUAGCCGCCGCAGCGCUCCUACUAGAGGCCCUCCCUCUAGCAGUCGCUCACGGCUCCGACCACAAUGAUGAGAACAUGAAUAUGGCACACCAUGAGGCUCCGGCUUCGGCCGGCAACAAGCCUAUGAGCUACUGGAGCUUCGCUGCCCACGUCGGCGUCAUAUACGCACACAUCGUCCUCAUGAGUUUGGCCUGGAUGGUGGUGCUGCCUGUUGGUGAGUGCUGAGAAUGAUGCGCCACAGCGAGGCUUCAAUCUGACCUGGUUCUAGGCGUGAUGUUUAGUGUCUCUAGGUCUCGGUUCGCGCUCUCAGCCCAGUUCAUUUUCCUCAUCGUCAAUGCCUUUGGCAUGCUCUUCGGCAUCAUAUAUGAUCGCAAGACCC